GCAGUUGUGACUUGCCCAUGAUCUCACACACAGCAGUUGAACUCUGCCUCCAAAUAGCUAGCAUUUCUAUAGCGUUUAAGGGUCACAAAGCGCUUUACAGUAGUUUACCUUAUUCUCACUAUUGCAGGGCUCAGCUGACUUCCAAGCUGUCCCUCACACUAGCAGGAAGACCCCGGGCUGAAUUCGAACUCCGGUCCUCUGGCUCUAGCAAGAUCCAGCUCCCUCCCCUAGAAGAUCUAUUAUUGUCGCGAGCAUCAUCGUUUAUUCUUCUUACACGGGUCCUCGGCAGCCAGGACCCGCCUUCCUCCUCCGCUGCUUCUGGGAUAGAAGGACCGGUUUAAACUCUCCGCCUCCGCGUGGCCAGUGGGUAGCCAUAGGCCAGGUGCAGAACGCAAUGUCACCGGGGGAGACUUGGCUGCGAGCCUUGGAUUAUGGUCCAGCCCACGCUCCCGAGCCUGCGAAAUGACUCGACAGGGCAGGAGCCCGACCAGUCUCGAAGGCCGAGCUGCUCCCUGCUGACUCAGUGUGUCCCUGAAAGAGCUUCCCAGAUCUGACUGUCCUGGGCACGUCCCUUAAAAGGAGUCGGGUUCUCUUUAAGAGCGGCCAGUCCAUUGGGACCUGCUCGAGAGCGUUGCUGCGCUGGGAGCCUGAAAGUCGAGUCCGCUGUUUCCCGGGAGCCACGCAAGGGAAGAGCCGCAGACUUCCCUGGAGGGCCGGAGAGGCAGCCGGGGGCCUGCUCCAGCCGCUGUACCACUGUGCCCAGGGACUGGGCGGGCAGGGAAAGGAGGGGUGUUUGUGGGAUCUCCCACCACCUUCUACCUGCUGACGACAGGGGAGGCAGCAUGCUAAGGGUGUUCAUCCUCCACGCAGAAAAAGUCCAAACCGGUGACAGCGACGUCAGUGACUCCUAUUGCUCGGUGGUGUUCAAAGGGGUGAAGAAGCGAACCAAGGUCAUCAAGAACAGUGUGAAUCCUGUGUGGAACGAGGGAUUUGAAUGGGAUUUGAAAGGCAUCCCCUUGGACCAUAGCUCUGAGGUGCAUGUGGUGGUAAAAGACCACGAGACAGUGGGAAGAAACAGGUUCCUGGGAGAAGCUCGAAUCCCCCUCCGGGAUGUCCUCGCCACUCCGAGUUUGGCUGCCAGCUUCAAUGUCCACCUUCUCGACACCAAGAAACAGCCGACAGGGGCGACUCUGGUGCUGCAGGCGUCUUACAUCCCUCCUCCUGGAUCUGUGCCCCUGUUUCCUCCUCCUCCACCACGGGACACCUCUCCUACCCUGACUGAGAUGGACUCCGGGGCUGGUGUGGGACAGAGCCAUGAGGAGACGUGGUCCCUGCUGAGUGAGAGCACGGUCGACACCAGAUACUCAGGGAGGAAGUGGCCAGCCCCCGUGGGGGUAGAGGAGGACACGGAAGACCAGGGUCUCACUGGAGAUGAGGCAGAGCCAUCUCAGGACAAGAGUGCUUCCCCCAAGCCGGGGGGCCCCGCAGCUCAGAAGAAGCUUCCCCUGCACCCAGCACCGCACCAUCCAGGGGUCAAGAGGAGGAGAGGCUCCUCCAAAAAGCUGCUGUCAGACAAGCCUCAGGACUUCCAGGUCAGGGUCCAGGUGAUAGAGGGACGCCAGUUACCCGGGUUGAACAUCCGGCCGGUUGUCAAGGUCAUGGCUUGUGGUCAGACCAAGAGGACGAGAAUCCGCAAAGGCAAUGGUCCAGUCUUUGAUGAGACCCUUUUCUUCAAUGUCUUUGACUCUCCAGUGGAGCUGUUUGAUGAAGUCAUCUGUAUCACAGUAGUUGAUUCCCGAUCACUCAGGACAGAUGCUCUUCUUGGGGAGUUUCGGAUGGACAUUGGAUCAGUUUACGCAGAACCCAGACACGCCUAUCUCAGGAAGUGGCUACUGCUUUCAGACCCUGAUGACUUCACAGCUGGGGCCAAAGGUUACUUAAAAGUCAGCGUUUUUGUACUGGGUCCAGGAGAUGAAGCCCCUAUGGAAAAGAAAGAGUCCAUGGAAGACAAGGAAGACAUCGAGGGAAAUCUGCUCCGUCCCACUGGCUUGGCCCUGCGUGGGGCUCAUUUUUGUCUGAAGGUCUUCCGGGCUGAAGAUCUGCCCCAGAUGGAUGAUGCUGUGAUGGACAACGUGAAGCAGAUAUUUGGGUUUGAAAGCAACAAGAAGAAUCUGGUCGACCCCUUUGUGGAAGUCAGCUUUGCAGGAAAGAUGCUCUGCAGUAAGAUUUUGGAGAAGACAGCCUAUCCUCAGUGGAACCAGACUAUCACACUGCCAGCCAUGUUUCCCUCAAUGUGUGACAAGAUGAAGAUUCGGAUCAUGGAUUGGGAUCGCCUCACUCAUAACGACAUCGUGGGCACCACUUACCUGUGUAUGUCGAAAAUAUCUGCAAGUGGAGGAGAAAUAGAAGAGGAGCCGCCCGGUGUGGCCAACCCUUACCGUGCCUCUGACCUUGACGAUGGCCUGGGUUUCCUCCCUACCUUUGGACCCUGCUACGUGAACCUUUAUGGCAGUCCCAGAGAAUACACCGGCUUUCCUGACCCCUACGAGGAACUCAACCUAGGCAAGGGAGAAGGCGUGUCCUACCGUGGCCGGGUGCUGGUGUCCCUGGAGACAAAGCUGGUGGAGCAGACAGAGCAGCGGGUGGACGACAUUCACGCAGAUGACAUCUUACGGGUGGAGAAGUACCUCAGGAGGCGGAAGUACUCCCUGUUUGCCACCUUCUACUCGGCCACCAUGCUUCAGGAUGUCGAUGACGCCAUACAGUUUGAGGUCAGCAUUGGUAAUUAUGGGAACAAGUUUGACACGACCUGCCUCCCGCUGGCCUCCACCACCCAGUACAGCCGGGCUGUCUUUGAUGGAUGUCACUACUACUACUUGCCUUGGGGCAACGUGAAGCCCGUGGUUGUGCUGUCUUCCUACUGGGAGGAUAUCAGCCACCGGACAGACACACAGAACCAGCUGCUGAGCAUCGCGGACCAACUGGAAGCCGGCUUGAAUAAGGUCCACGUAGCCCUCAAGGCUCAGUUCUCGGCAGAAAACCUUGAUGGCCUGGUGGCCGAGGUGAUUGACAACCUCAUCUCUGACUGCAGCCAGCCUCUGGUGGACGUCAGGGAGAAGCCUGCAGCUACGCACCUGGACCACUACCUGUACCGACUUCGGACCAGCAACCUGACCCAGAUCAUGCACGCCGCCCUCGAGCUAAAGCACGCCAGCGCCUGUGACGAUCUGACUGUGGCCCUGGAGCAGGCGGAAGACUGGCUUCUGCGGCUCCGGGCCCUGGCCGAUGAGCCUCAGAACAGCCUGCCCGACAUAGUGAUCUGGAUGCUUCAGGGGGACAAGCGCGUGGCUUACCACCGUGUGCCAGCCCACGAGAUCCUCUUCUCCCGGAACGGGGCCAAGUGCUGUGGCAAGAACUGUGGGAAACUGCAGACGAUUUUUCUGAAAUACCCGAUGGAGGGAGUGACGGGGUCCAAGAUGCCAGCUCAGAUCCGGGUCCAGCUCUGGUUUGGUCUCUCGGUGGACGGGAAGGAGCUUAACAAGUUUGCUGAGGGGAAGCUCUCUGUCUUUGCUGAAACUUAUGAGAAUCAGACGAAGCUGGCCUUGAUGGGAACCUGGGGGACCGUGGGCCUCACCUACCCCAAGUUCUCUGAUGUCACCAGCAAGAUCAAACUGCCCAAGGACAGCUUCCGCCCAUCUGCUGGCUGGGACUGGGCUGGGGACUGGUUUGUGAGUCCCGAGAAAACGCUGCUUUACGAUGUGGACGCUGGCCAUCUGAGCUUUGUGGAGGAGGUGUUUGAGAAUCAGACUCGACUGCCUGGAGGCCAGUGGAUUUACAUGAGUGACAAUUACACAGAUGUGAAUGGGGAGAAGGUGCUUCCCAAGGAUGACAUCGUCUGCCCUGUGGGGUGGAAGUGGGAAGAUGAAGAAUGGUCCACAGAUCUCAACCGAGCUGUUGAUGAACUAGGCUGGGAAUAUGGCAUCAUCAUCCCACCUGACUGUAAGCCAAAGAACUGGGUUCCAACUGAGAAGAUGUAUCACACCAGCCGCCGCCGUCGCUGGGUACGUCUUCGAAGGAGAGACAUCAACCAGAUGGAGGCGCUGAUAAAGCACAGAAAGGCAGAGUCGGAAGGUGAGGGAUGGGAAUACGCCUCUCUCUUUGGCUGGAAGUUUCACCUGGAAUAUCGAAAGACAGAUGCCUUCCGUCGCCGCCGAUGGCGCCGUCGCAUGGAGCCCCUGGAGCAGACUGGGGCUGCUGCUGUCUUUGCCCUGGAAGGAGCCCUGGGCGGUGUAUUGGAUGACAAGAGCGAAGAUGCCAAGUCAGUCUCCACCUUGAGUUUUGGCGUCAACAGGCCCACAAUUUCCUGCAUCUUUGACCAUGGGAACCGCUAUCACCUCCGCUGUUAUAUGUACCAGGCACGAGACCUGCCCGCCAUGGACAAGGACAGCUUUUCUGACCCGUAUGCCAUCGUCUCCUUCCUCCACCAAAGCCAGAAGACGGUGGUGGCGAAGAAUACAUUGAAUCCCACCUGGGACCAGACGCUCAUCUUCUAUGAGAUUGAGAUCUUCGGGGACCCCGAGACUAUCUCAGAGAACCCCCCCAGCAUUGUGGUGGAGUUGUACGAUCAUGACACCUACGGCGCCGAUGAGUACCUAGGACGCUGCAUCUGCCGACCCAGUCUGCACCGGGCGCCGCGGCUGACGUGGUUCCCAGUUGUGAGGGGAAGCCGGCCUGCCGGGGAGCUGCUUGCAGCCUUUGAGCUCAUCAUGAGGGAGAAGCCAGCGACCCAUCACAUCCCUGGUUUUGAGCCGGAAGAGAUCUCUGGUGUUGCAGACGAGCUGUGUGCACCUGCCUUCUUCCUCGAGGGUCUCAUCCAAACGAUUGGAGACACAGACCUCCCAUACCCUCCUCCUCAGAGAGAGGCGAACAUCUAUGUGGUCCCCCAAGGCAUCAAGCCCGUUCUUCAGAGAACGGCCAUUGAGAUCCUUGCCUGGGGCCUCCGGAAUCUGAAGAGCUACCAGCUGUCCAGCAUCACAUCCCCAAGCUUGGUAGUGGAGUGCGGGGACCAGGUCAUUCAGUCCUGCGUCAUCAAGAAUAUCAGGAAGAACCCCAACUUUGAUGUCAACACCCUCUUCAUGGAUGUGCAUCUGCCUCGGGAGGGGAUCUACUGCCCACCCAUCAUCAUCAAGGUCAUUGACAACCGCCAGUUUGGACGGCGGCCCGUGGUGGGCCAGUGCACAAUCCAUUCACUGGAGCAGUUUCUGUGUGAGCCAUACUCGUCCGAGAACCCCCCUCCUGAAAUGAGCUCCGAUGAUAUUAGCCUCGUGACCUCCCGGGAUGAAGUGCUGAUUGACAUCGAUGACAAAGAGCCUCUCAUCCCUUUCCAGCUUGCAGAUGGUAUGCUUGGCUCAGCCCCCAUUGACUUGUCGUCUUCUUCGUCUGGUGUCCAAAAGACCCUUCUGGAGGAGGAGUUCAUCGAUUGGUGGAGUAAAUUCUAUGCCUCGACAGGAGAGAAUGAAAAAUGUAGAUCUUACCUGGAGAAGGGGUUUGACACUCUGGAGGUGUAUGAAACUGAGUUGGAGAAUGUGGAGGACUUUGAGGGUCUGUCUGACUUUUGUAACACCUUCAAACUAUACCGGGGGAGGACUCAGGAGGAGAUGGAAGACCCAUCUGUAAUUGGGGAGUUCAAGGGACUGUUCAAAAUAUAUCCCCUUCCAGAGGACCCGGCUGUCCCCUUACCCCCAAGGCAGUUUUACCAGCUGCCUGCCCAGGGGCCCCAGGAGUGCCUCGUUCGUGUUUAUAUCAUUCGAGCUUUUGGCCUGCAACCCAAGGACCCCAAUGGAAAGUGUGACCCUUACAUCAAGAUUUCUGCUGGGAAAAAAUCAAUGAAUGACCAGGAAAACUACAUCCCCUGCACUCUGGAGCCUGUGUUUGGAAGGGUAUAUGAACUGACCUGCACCCUUCCACUGGAGAAGGACCUCAAGGUCAUGCUAUAUGAUUAUGACAUCCUCUCUAAGGAUGAGAAGAUUGGGGAGACGGUCAUUGACCUGGAGAACCGAUUCCUGUCCAAGUUUGGUGCACGAUGCGGUCUCCCCCAGACAUACUGCGUUUCGGGACCGAAUCAAUGGAGAGACCAGCUCCGCCCAACUCAGCUCCUGCAUCUAUACUGCCAGCAGAACAAGGCCAAAGCCCCCGUGUACCAUGAGAACCGGGUGGUGUUCCAGGACACAGAGGUCACCCUUGAAGACAUCAAGAAUGGCAAGGUGGCGAAUCCCCACCUGGGUCCGGUGGAGGAGCAGCUGGCACUGGCUGUCCUGAGGCAGCAGGGCCUUGUCCCCGAGCACGUGGAGAGCCGCUCCCUCUACAACCCUCUGCAGCCAGACAUUGAGCAGGGAAAGCUGCAAAUGUGGAUUGACCUAUUUCCAAAGGCCCUCGGAGCACCUGGACCUCCAUUUAAAAUUACACCCCGCAAAGCCAAGAGGUUUCUCCUGCGAUGUAUUAUUUGGAACACCAAAGAUGUUAUCUUGGAUGACAUCAGCAUCACCGGGGAAAAGAUGAGUGACAUCUAUGUGAAAGGUUGGAUGCUUGGCUUUGAGGAGCACAAGCAAAAGACGGAUGUUCACUAUCGCUCGCUGGGCGGAGAGGGAAAUUUUAACUGGCGGUUCAUCUUCCCCUUCGACUACAUACCUGCCGAACAAAUGUGCGCAGUCUCCAAAAAGGAGCACUUUUGGAGUCUGGACAAGAUGGAAUGCAGGAUGCCUGCCAAUGUCAUAUUCCAGAUCUGGGAUAAUGACAAGUUUUCCUUCGAUGAUUAUUUGGGUUCAAUUCAGCUGGAUCUCCACCGGAUGCCCAAGCCAGCCAAGACCGCUGAGAAGUGCUCCCUGAACCAGCUGGACGACGUCUUCCACCCAGAACACUUUGUGUCCCUUUUUGAGCAGAAGUCAGUCAAGGGCUGGUGGCCAUGCGUGGCUGAGCUGGGAGAGAAGAGGAUACUUGCGGGCAAGUUGGAAAUGACCUUGGAAAUCGUUCCUGAGUCAGAACAUGAAGAGCGGCCUGCUGGACUGGGCCGUGAUGAACCCAACAUGAACCCCAAGCUUGAGGAACCGAAGCGUCCAGACACAUCCUUCCUCUGGUUCACAUCCCCGUACAAGACGGUGAAAUACAUUGUCUGGCGAAGGUUCCGGUGCUUUAUUAUCAUUGUCUUCGUCUUCUUCAUCCUGAUCCUCUUCCUAGGAAUCUUCAUCUACGCUUUCCCGAAUUAUGCUGCCAUGAAGCUGGUGAGACCGUUAAGCUAAUGGCUGGCCCACCUGCCUCUGGAGAUGCCCCCAGGAGGUGCAGAAUCCUGGGUCCCCACGCCUCUCUUAACCACUGUCCAGCCCCUCUGAUGCCAAAACCCGGCCCCAGCUCAUCCAGGGAGUGGGAGCUGCCUCAGGCUUGAUGAACGGGCAGACGUGAAGCAGUGGGAGGGUGGUCCCUCACCUCAGGACACCCAGGCACUGAAGGGUUCCUCUCUCCUGACAUCUCUAGCACUCCCCCUUUGGGUCACUCAGAUUUUUAGAACAAAGUGGAGUUUAAGUGGUCAAAGUGGCUUAUCUAGGGGUGUGUGUGUGUGUGUGUGUGUGUGUGUGUGUGUGUAGGUGCUUCUGUGUGUGUAUGUAUGUGUGUGUCUACCAUGAUGUUUUCUGGAGCAUGAGCCAAACCUGCCAGGAUGGAGAGGGUGAUAGAAUGAGGUCCUCUUUUCUUUUGAAACAGAGUAAGAGAGUGCAGGAGGGAGAGCCUGGGGAUGGGGAGGAAGAUGUGGCCUCCUUGAGAGAUUGUCAAGACCCAGGCUGUGGACUCUGCUUUUCUCUUCUGGCUUUGCCUUCUGGGGCUCCCUGGCCAUCUCUCUUCCCCACCCCCCCUUCACCUUUUUGCUGCUUUUACAAUCCCAGGAUCUCGAAGUUGGAAGGGACCCUGGUGGUCGUGCAGCCCAAACCAAAUGUGAGAAAGAAGCCCCUUCUCCCACAUCCUCCCCAGUGCUUGUCUCUGUCCUCACCUCCUCUCUCGAACUCUCCCUUCAGCUUUUCCUCCCUUGUCAUCAGUUCCUUCCUUCCUGUCUGUGGAGUCAAAUAGAACCCCUGAUUUCUGUCCUCCUCCUCUCGCACCAUCACUUCUCUCCCUCCCUGCCCAUUUCUUGCCUUCUCAGAAUCACAGAUAUCAGGGUCGGAAGGGACCUCAGAGGUCUCAGAAUCCCCCUGUAACAUACAUGACGAGCGGCCGAUCAGCUGGUCAGCAAGCAUUCAUGAAGGGCCUGCUGUGGUUGUGCCAGGCCCUGUGAGAGGUUUGGGAGUAUGAACCAUCAAGUCAAGAAGUAUUUAUCAUUAAGCACCUACUGUGUGCCAGGCACUGUUCUGAGAGCUGAAGAUAUGAAGAAUUAAACCAUCCUUAGGCUCAAGAAGCUUGCCUCCCCUCUCACUCCCUCUCCCCUUUCCUCUUCUUUCAUCCUGUCCUCUCUCUCUCCUCCUCUUUCUCCAUCUUCCUGUUCCUGCUUCCCCUUCCUCAUUCUGCUUCCUCUGCUCCUUCCUUUCACCUCCCCAUGCUGCCUCCCCCCAUACUCUACACUCCUGGGCUUGGGCUGGGGACCUGAUAUCUCUUUCUGGCUCCCCUGGCCACCCACCCUCUUAGGACUACUUGGCCAUAGUUCGUUCUUCUCUGAUAAGAUGUACGGUCUAUGGAUCUGUGCAUGAGUGGGAACUUGGUUGGCACAGUGCUUGGCACGUAGGAACUUAAUAAAGGCUUGUUGAUUCGAUUUCUUGAUAAGAGGGAGAAGGAGGAUUUUGGAGUAAGUGAACAACAGCUAACUUAAAAAGCAAGUGGGGGAGGGGGUCUCACUCCCUUUUAUCCUUUGGAAUACUCUUGACUUGGCCAGAUGGGAGUUCAGGGGGCCUCGUCAAACAGGUGUGAUCCUUGUCAUGCUCACUCGUAGAGGCUCGCUCCAGUUCUUCAAGCUGACCACAAUUCUGUGACCCACAGGGGUGUCCCUGUGUCUGAACCAGAUGCUGGGUUUUAAGUCCCAGGCAGCAGCGCUCCUGGCAGGGUCUCUCUGCCUCUCUGGACAGCACUGAACAAAAGGAGAUGCUUAAUAAAAGGCUUUUGGAUGACA